AUGUCAGAUAUUUCAACGCUUUCAAGAGCCGAUCCACAAGAUGUUCUUGAUGCAUUAGAAUUAAAUAGAAGGCUUCAAAAUGAAUUAGACAGAAUUAAAUCAGGUAUUGACGCAGCAUUACAACGCAAUAUAAUUUUACAGGAGCGUCUCACACGAAUGAGACAGAAGGAAGCUGAAGCCGAUGGUUACUCUAAAACUGUACAAGAUACACCAAGUGUAAGAACUUUUGGCCCUCCAUUUUUUGUCGACGCGGAGGGAAAUACUCCACCUGAGAAUGAAGAUACAAGUGUUCGGCCGUUAAUUUUUAAAAGUACAAGAUGGACUCUGAGCGAAAAAGAUGCAUUGCGAAGGGGUGUUCAAGAUCAUAAUAUGAGACGGGAAACGUUACGAGCUAUGAGGGAAGGCAGAACAAUUCAAUCCGUGGAAAAAAUGCCAAAGGUUAUGUUUCUAUAUAAUGUGGAAGAAAUAAAUUGGUCACAAAUUGCAAAACAAUAUGUACCUACAAAAACAAAAGAAGAAUGUAUCAUUCAAUGGACAAAUCACGAUCACCCAUGCAUUAAUAAUGAUGAAUGGACUACUUUAGAGACGAAAAAAUUACUUGAAAUCGCUGAACAAAAUAAUGGUAGAAAUUGGCAGAAAAUUGCAUUAGAAUUAGGAACAAAUAGAACUGCUGCCGAAUGUUUUAAGCAAUACAACAAGCAAUCUUCUGAUCCUCGUAAAUGGUCAAAGGAGGAAGAUGAUAUACUUAUACGAGCGGUAGAUCUUUAUGGUGAAAAGAAUUGGCAACAAGUUGCACAUUGCCUUGAUAAUAGAACAGGCCAGCAAUGCCUACACCGAUGGACUAAAACCUUGAACCCAGCAAUCAGACGUGGUCGCUGGAAAAAGGAAGAAGAUGAAGCACUUCGAAAUGCGGUCUCUAUCUAUGGUGCCGGUAAUUGGGUUAAAGUACAACAAUAUGUACUAGGUAGAACAGAUGUACAGUGUCGUGAGCGUUGGAUGAACGUUCUUAAUCCAAACAUUAAGAAAGAUUCAUGGACUAACGAAGAGGAUACAAAAUUGUUAGAGUUAGUAAAAAGCAUAGGAGCAGGAAAAUGGGCAAAGAUUUCUGCAUUUAUGGACGGGCGUACAGACAAUCAGUGUUGGAGACGAUACAAGGUGUUAAAAAAAUUGGAAAUGCAGAAUAGGGAUGGGGUCGACUUGAGCCAGCUCGGCUCGGCUCAAAAAGCCAAGCCGAGCAGGCUCAAGCCGGCUCAAAAUCAAUAUAUGUCGUCCAUUCUCAACGAUAUCUUCAUCACGUCCAUCAUCGCAUUUAAUUUUUUGGGCCGUUUUAUUAUACAACAAGG